GAUGCAUGUUGUGUAUUCUAACUCGAGUCGAGUGCAUAAUUGUCCGGCUACGGUUGAGCUCCCAGCCGGUUCCGUCGAGCGUCCCAUCCUAUGGUCUCAUGCCUCGCCUGCGCCCUCGACCCGCUCCCCCAGCCGAGGCUCGUCCUCGCUCCCUGCGACGCCCUCCGCCUCCUCAACCAGUCCAAAACCCCAAAACAACUCAGACAGCUCCACGCCCGGAUCCUCCGCGCCGGCCUCUCUUGCGACCCCGCCGUCCUUGCCGCGCUCCUCCGCCUCUACUCCUCCCACCGCUGCCUCGACCUCGCCUCCCGACUCUUCUCUGCCUUCCCCAACCCUCCCACCAUCGCCUGGAACCUCAUGAUCCGCGCCCACGCCGCCGGCGGCGCCCCCCGCGAUGCCCUACUUCUCUACAACCGCAUGAUUGCCAGCGGCGUCGGCCCCGAUAAAUUCACCUUCCCCUUCGCCGUCAAGGCGUGCUCGAGCCUAUCCGAAGUCCGGAAGGGCAAGGAGGUCCACGCCUUCGCCAUCAAGGUGGGUUUUUUCCUCGACCUGUUCGUCCAAAAUGCCCUGAUCCAUUUCUACCUCACCUGCGGUGAUUCGGUGUCCGGGAGAAAGGUGUUUGAUGGAAUGCGCGCGAAGAGCGUCGUGUCGUGGACGGCUUUGAUCUCGGGCCUCCUGGCGUGUGGGGACAUGGAGGCUGCGAGGGCCGUCUUUGAUGCGGCACCGGUUCGUAACGUGGUGACCUGGACGGCCAUGAUCGAUGGAUGCGCGAGGAACGGGCGACCAGAUGAGGCGUUCGAGCUGUUCCAACAGAUGCUGCAGGACGGCACAAGGCCGAAUGAGUUCACGGUGGUGGCACUGUUGAUAGCCUGCACCGAACUUGGGAGCUCGAGCUUGGGUCGCCGGGUUCAUGAAUUGGCUCGUAAGAAUGGCGGGCUCGAGAGGAGCGUCUAUGUGGGCACGGCGCUUGUAGACAUGUACAGCAAGUGUGGGAGCUUGGAGGAAGCGGCGCGGGUGUUUGGUCAAAUGCCUAAGCGGAGCUUGGCAACCUGGAACUCGAUGAUCACUAGCUUGGGGGUACAUGGGCGUGGAAAGGAGGCAGUCGCUCUAUUCCGGGAGAUGGAGCGGGCGAAUGUGAAGCCGGAUGGGAUCACUUUUGUGGGCGUGUUGAGUGCUUGCACAAGGGAGGGAAUGGUCGAGGAGGGUUUUAGGCUUUUUGCACGCAUGGUCGAGUGUUAUGGCAUCGCUCCGCUUUUCGAGCAUUAUAGCUGUCUUGCACAGCUUCUGGGUUGCGCCAACAAUUUGAGUGGGGGAGUUGAGAUGAUUGAGAAUUUGAUGUCCAAGUUUGAUGCUAGGGCACGGCAGAUGAUGUUAAGAGCGUGCAGAAUGAACGGUAAUGUGAGGGUCGAGGAAGUUUUGGGCAACUGUAUACGUGAUUUGGAGUUGUCCAGUGGCAGUGCAAGCUUGGCCCAAAUAGAAUGUCGAUCCAUUGAGUGGAGAGUGGGAUAGAAGUAGAACAUAGAUGUAAGUGCCGGAGGAGCUGUUGGUUAUGACCGAUGGAUGGCAGAGUUUUGGAAGAAAGACUCGAGACAGCCAGAUUACUCUAGUAGACGGCCAUCAAAAGGUUUAUGGAUGAUGGACUGGAUGGUUGGCAACACUUUGAGAGUAAUUUGGGAGGCCAGAUGCCCAUCUGAAAAAUAUGUUUACAAUUGUUAAAAGCCAUUUUUUUCAUACAUUUCUGGAUGAGGAGUUGGUCAGGAAGAGAAGGUUUGCAAGAGAGAGUAUCAAGCUGCUGGAAGUAUUGCCAAACACGUCCAGAGUACGCUGCUAGAGUGAGGAAAUCGAAAUUUAUUGAAUGCAGAAAGAGUUUCAACCUCAGCUCAAUAAAAGAAAUGACAAGUACGCUAUGACGUUCUCUGAAUCAGUCGAUCUGUAUGUUUGAAUGAUACCAUAUAUUUUCCAUGGAUUACGAUUUUCAAA